CAAGCUUUUUAAAAGGCGAGUGAAUUUUGGCAGGCAGUGAGUGCGGACCUAUGGUGCGCGGACCAACGAUUGAACGAUAAAAAGAACGGCUCUCACCAAGUACGACUCGGUUCCCCUCGUUCGUACCAAAGAGCCGUCCAUAAGAACCGGCUCGUUCGUGACCGACACAACACACACACACACACACACACACACACACACACACACACACACACACACACACACACACACACACACACACACACACACACACACACACACACACACACACACACACACACACACAGAGACCUCAGAGAGAGAUGAGUUUCUACAGCGACGACUCCUCUACCGACGAGUUAGAGACUUUAGGGUGGUACCACCAUGACCUGUCCCGCCAUGCAGCAGAAGCUCUGCUCCUGUCCAAUGGGACUGAUGGGAGUUAUCUCCUGAGGAACAGUAAUGAAGGGGAAGGCAGCCUCGCCCUGUCUGUCAGGGCAAAGGAUUCCGUCAAACAUUUCCACGUGACACGCAAAGAUAACGGCUACUCGUUUGGCUUCAACGAGUACCCAACCCUUCAACAUUUUGUCAUUCACUUCGCUAAUCAGCCUCUGCUGGGCAGUGACGCAGGAACCCUGAUGGUGCUGAAGAGUCCGUAUCCGUGGCGCGUGGAGGAGCCAUCCAUCUACGAGUCAGUGCGAGUUCACACAGCCAUACAGACGGGCCGCACAGAAAACGACCUGGUGCCCACCGCACCAUCGCUAGGCACAAAGGAAGGCUAUCUGACGAAACAAGGAGCAUUUGUGAAGAACUGGAAACAGAGAUGGUUCACACUCAACAGAUAUGAACUCAAAUACUUCAAAGACAAAGGGAGUGAGGAGCCCAUCCGGACCGUGGACCUCAAAGCCUGCUCUGCAGUACAGUUUGACUACUCUCAGGAACGAGUCAACUGUUUCUGCUUAGUGUUUCCUGAAAGGACAUUUUAUCUCUGUGCAAAGACGGGAGUGGAGGCAGAUGAGUGGAUCAAGAUCCUCAGGUGGAAACUGUCACAGAUAAGCAAAGGUCGGUGACAGCUGUCAGCAAAGAGACAGGAGAUAAAGGGAAGGAACAAUGAAGGAGAGCCCCAUUAACAUGUGAAGGGUUUAGCAUCCCAAAGUGUAGCAUCACAUUAAGGCUGGCCUGGAUGUGGCUCAGUCACAAGCGUGCUGUUGGCUUCUAUGACCCUCGGGACCUCAAAGAUAUUGCUAGCAUGAAUCCAUAAGAGCAUCUCUCAGUACUUCCUUAAUUGAAUGUGUUUUUGGUUAGAUGCCUACACAUAAAAUAUGUCAGUAAAUACAAAAACCUGUAGGUAUCAUGAAUGUGUGUUUGCCACAGAGCUUACUUCCUGCAGUAUUCCAAAACCACAUGGAGAAAUCCCAUUGCUUUCUGUGGAUAGAGCACUUGUGAUGCUAACGGCUGGGUUGGCCUACGUCAUCACUGCACCACUAUUUUGGUUCCCAGUGGUGAGGAACAGCUACAGCUGAUCACUGUUACACAGAAGUGCCAAAUAAUAAUCAAACAAUUCUAUUCCGCUUUACACAAAUAAGGUUUCCAUGAACUACAUGUCGCACAGUGAAUCUUGAUUUUGUUACCGGCUCACUGAAAUCUCUUAAAAUGUUGCAGUUUCUUCUUAAGUCCAGUCAUGUAAUCAUGAAGAGUAUAAACGGAACCAAAAUGUCUAACGUCAAAAGAAAAGUUGAUGCAGCAGGAAAUACAUUUAAUAAGGAAAGGAAAUACAUGUUAGAAAAGAGAAUUGGAGGGAUGAAACCCUCUUUAAUGGUCACACAUGCAGAGCACACAGUGACAUGUGGCCUCUGCAUUGAACCCAUCCUAGUACCAGGAGCAGUGGGCAACUAUUGUACAGCGCCCGGGGAGCAAUGGGAGUGGGGGGGAAGGGGGAUGUGAGGGGGGAUUUCUUCUUUGCCACUAGGCAGUGAUGAUGCCCAAAUUAUA